AUGCCUCCUACCCCGGUCGCCAUCAGGGAGGCAAAGCCCGUAGUCAGGCUCAAAAAUAAAGAUGGCAGUUAUAAAGAGACACAAGAAGCCGACAUGUUUGCAUCCCGUGGCGGAAAGCCAGAUGGCCUUUUGGACGACGAAAGAUGGCUCCCUGUGACUGGAGAUCAUACACACAUAUACCCGUACUCAGGACCGAUCGCAGAUACAAGCUUCAACACGAACGGUACAAUAACCAGGCAUCACAGGUUGUGGAAUCCCGGACCGUUCGCCGCCGGAGGUUCAAUCUACACUAGAGUUUUGACACACCCCCAUACGACACACAGACUCGUUGCAAGGGCUUGCAUGUCCGAGAGAAGCGAAGUCGGCGAUAUAGCAAAAAAGUGCAGGAAAGAGCUCGGCAUGACCUCAUUCCAGGGAAUAACCAUAAAAAGCAACAUUCGAUGUCUUUAUGUGGGCAUAUCCGCCCUCACCUGUUUACCAGUUGUAUUAUGCAAUUCACCCGACUGGGAUGACAGUAGCCUCAGCACCGAUGAUGUGAAUGAGUUUCGCGAUUUGGUAGUGGAUUGGGAUACACUUAGCGGUGCCAAGGACGUCAUCUGGACAGAGAACAUGCUCAUCCCAGGAAAUAUCGCCUAUCUCAAAUCUGCACUUGCCAACAAACUACUUGAUCAAGAAAAGCAACGUUUCCUACAGAUAAUGAUGCGAGAGAACGGCCUUUUGCAACGUCAGUUGAAUCCUGCCGGUGUCGCAAAAACACUUCCUUCGAGCGAGUCUGCGGAGCGGAAACCAGCGAUACGUCGACUCAUGCAAAGUGGGUAUGAGUAUCACAGCCUUCAUUUCGAACUGUGGUGGCCGCCUAUGGCCGCGUUGAAGUUUCCUCAGGAAAUGAUCGAUGCAAUGAAUCGCUUCUUGGCCCAGCACCCCCAUGACAACGUCCCAAUGAACAUUGCACUGGCUGCCACGAUUAUCUACCUAGAUCUGGCAGACAAAGGCUGGCCCAGCGAAGGCUUUGCGGGUGGCCCCAAUGUCCCUCUAGAUAUCAGGCCUCCUCCUCUCGGCCAGUUCGUGCUGUACUUUCCCCACAUGCUGCGGUUUGUUGAGAUCAAACACCUCACUGAGUUCAUACACCCAGGGCGGUUCGCAGCUGGCCAAUACAACAAAGAUGGCAGCACUUUCAACGGCAUCAAGAUCAAGUCUAAUUUGAUUGAUCUCAAGAGAAUGCGACUCUGGUAUUCCCAGGUCAGAUGUCGCUACCCUCAAGUGUCGAAGAGCCACAGAUUCCGUUUGAUUCCGGCUUCUAUGCCAGGCACUCACAUGGUAUUUCCAUCCGAUUGUAUCGACGCAGAACCCCCAUCAAUGGAUCUCUUCAGAAUGUGUUGCUUGAACGACGUUCGGACUCUAGGACUUCCAAGCUAUCAUCAUCAUGUUAUUUAUAAUGAUGAAGAUUGUGGAGUAUUUCGCCACAUAGCCGGCCCAGAAUGGCUCUUUUCGAAACAUCUCCAGGCUCCUACUCAUUCCAUUAACAAAUACCCAGCAGCGACCUAUUGGAGACCAGCGUCAGCUACCCGGUUCAUGGCCCUGACUGGUCAGGCAAGGAGGAUUGACGCAUGGUUUCUUGACGUUUCAUCCGACUACUAUGUCGACAACAAACCUAUCACGGAGUUUGUCGAGCGAUAUUUCGGCAACGUGGCUUGCUACACCCAAGAUUACGAUUAUUGCGAGCACAAUUCAGAACAUUCUCGUAACAAGCGCUCCGCUCGUGCAAAAGAGCUUUACCGAGUGGCUGCAUACCUCAAGAUCCCUGUCAACAGACUUUGGCAGUCUCCAAACACCGCGUGUCCUGUAUGGGAUGACAUGGAGGCUCAACUUCACCAGCUCAAGGAACAAGGGCUCUUGGAGUUCAUCAUAGCCAACAAUAAGACUAUUCCCGCCAACGGUGAGCCUGAACGUGCAGCGAAGCGACCCAGGCUUUCAGAGCCUACAUCUCUAUUGAGUGCAGCUACUAAGGCACAAAUUGAAACGCUGAUGUCAAGCGCCACAGCUUUGUCACGAGAUUGGGAUGCCUUGAAUCUUCAUUUUCUCGAAGGCGAGCCAACGAUACAAGAGGCCAGACGGUUGCUAUCACAGGUGCAUGCGUUCAUUCUCAACCUAGAGGAAUUACCAUGCACAAUCUCGGACAACGGCCAUAACGGCAAAGGCAAUCUGGAAGAGGUAUUGAGGCUCGCAUACAAAGCUGCCGGUCUCGACCCACGACUUGGGUUAGCGAGACAUGAGAGGAACUGGGCGUCACAGAUUUCUGCGUUUUCCCAAUUCGGCCAGUCGAUCGAGCGGGCUGUCAAGGACCUCAUCGUACUAAAACCCCUUGAGGACGGGUACAGAUUUGCACUACCGGCCAUUGUCGCUUUGGCGAACUCUCCUUUGGUCCAAGACCAGAUCAGGAUCUACAAAGAGAUUGAGGCACUGUUGAAGGAAUAG